UUUGUCUUUUGUGUUGGGUGCUGCAGACAAAAAAGAGCUUAAAUUGCUUUAAAAUAUGUAUAAAAUUACUUUUAGAGCCUAAUCUAUUGAAUUAUUACCGUUAGAUUGUAGUGGAGAACCAGGAGAAUUCUAGAAGAGUGCAGAAUUUUACAAAUUUUUGCAAAACAGCAUAAAAAGUGGAACUUUUGGGGGAUACUGGAAGACUCAAUCACCGCCGUCCUACGAUGCUAGAGACAUCCGCUGAGCACAGUACAAACAACUCCGACUUCCGUCAAGCUACGGAAGCAUCACCGAUAAAUGCAGGGGGACGAAUAUUCCGGCAGUUUGGUGAAUUGAUGCGACCUGCGAGAACGGCUCGGAGUCCCACAGAUGGCUAUGUCGAGUUUGGGAACAUGGAUGCCGACAGAUCUGGCAGGACAUUGGGUACGUUCGCUGGUGUCUUUAGUCCGGUCGCCUUAUCGAUGUUCAGUGCGCUAGUGUUUAUUCGUGUUGGUUUCAUUGUCGGCAACGCUGGCUUACUCGUGACACUCUUGCAAUUCAUCAUCGCUUAUGCAAUUCUGUUGUUUACGGUAUCGUCAGUGUGCGCGAUUUCCACGAAUGGAGCUGUGGAAGGUGGCGGAGUGUACUUUAUGAUCAGUAGAACUCUCGGGCCCGAGUUCGGAGGCAGUAUUGGAACGUUGUUCUUCCUGGCGAAUGUCGUGGGAUGUGGUCUGGCGGUGACAGGAUGUGCCGAAGGCUUAGUCGAAAACUUUGGACCUUCCGGUACUUUUAAUCAAGUGCUUCCCGAUGGACGAUGGUGGCGAUUUCUCUAUUGUUCAUUGAUCGCAACUAUAAUUUUGUUAGUUUGUUUGGUCGGAGCUGGAUUAUUUGCUAAGACUUCAGUCGUAAUUUUGGGUAUCGUCACUGCAUGUCUUGUAUCGACAUAUCUAAGUUUCCUGUUUCAAGGAGAAAUGGAAGUGCCAAUACCGUCCGAGAAUGAAAUCGUGCAGAAUGCAACUCAUUUAGUCAAUGGCACCUAUACGGGCUUGCUCUCAAAGACAUUCUACGACAAUUUGUACGAGAACUACACGAGAGAUUAUUCAUCAGAAGGACGAGUUGUGAACUUUGCAAUCACUUUUGGUGUUUUAUUCUCAGGAGUUACGGGAAUCAUGGCGGGUGCCAAUAUGUCUGGUGAGCUUAAAAACCCAUCAAAAUCCAUUCCGAUCGGAACUUUGUCUGCUGUGAUAUUUACCUUCGUAUGUUACGUCAUCUUGUCGGUUUUGAUGGCAGCAACAACUUCGCGCUUCCUGCUUUCGAAUGACUUCCUGUAUCUCAUGCCGGUUAACUUGUGGCCGCCAUUUAUUGCGAUCGGCAUUGCAACUGCGACAUUUUCAACGGCAAUGAGUAAUUUGAUCGGAGCAAGUCGUGUGUUGGAAGCUCUCGCUAAGGAUUACGUCUUUGGACGUGCAUUGAAUUUCAUCAUCAAGGGAACGUACAAAGGCAAUCCCGUAGUAGCUGUUAUCACAUCUUGGGUAUUGGUGGAGAUGAUCUUGCUAAUUGGCUCUCUUAACACAAUUGCCCAGAUUAAUUCAGUUCUUUUCAUGCUGUCGUAUCUCGCUACGAAUUUGGCAUGUCUAGGCAUUGAAAUUACCGGUGCUCCCAACUUCCGUCCGACUUUCAAGUAUUUUUCGUGGCACACAUGCUUUGCCGGUCUCAUGGGAACUCUCGUCAUGAUGUUUGUCAUCAACUCCGUUUAUGCGUCUUCGAGUAUUAUUUUGUGCUUGUUACUCGUAAUUGCAUUGCAUCUGUUCUCACCAGCUGCACAAGGCGCACAAUGGGGCUCCAUAUCGCAAGCUUUGAUGUUCCAUCAAGUCAGAAAAUAUCUCUUGAUGUUGGAUUCAAGAAAAAAUCAUGUUAAAUUCUGGCGUCCACAAAUGUUGCUUCUAGUUGCAAGUCCUCGUAGUUGCUGUCCAUUGAUCCAUUUCGUCAACGAUUUGAAAAAGGGAGGUCUUUAUGUCAUCGGACAUGUGAAAGUGGGAGAUUUUGCGGAAAAUGAGACAAAUGGCGAUCCAACGGUAGAGGAAUAUACACAGUGGUUGGGAUUAAUCGAUCAUAUGAAAGUUAAGGCUUUCGUGGAGUUGACUUUAGCGAAGACGAUUCGCGAGGGAGUUCAACAUUUGAUCCGCAUAUCAGGAAUGGGAGCAAUGAAACCGAAUACAAUCAUCUUGGGAUAUUAUGACGAAGAAGUUUUAUAUGAUUUCUUUGAUUCUGAAAAUUCACCAUAUCACACAUCCCAAUUUGAUGAAAACGGAAUAAAACUGUUCAAAUUCCGUCAGCAAGGCGAAGGACGACGCCUCAAAGGUGACGAGUACGUCAGUAUCAUCGAUGAUGUCUUACGGAUGCAAAAGAACGUCUGUCUUUGUCGUCAUUUCCAUCGCUUAGACAAAAAUUUGAUUGCCAGAAGUAAUCACGUGAAAUACAUCGACGUUUGGAGCAUCAACAUCUUCGAGCCGUGCAGUGCGGAUCCCUUUAACGUUGUCAGUUUGUUCAUGAUGCAACUGGCAUGCAUUAUCAACAUGUUACCGGUGUGGAAAAAACUCGAAGUUCGUGUCUUUUUGUGCGAAACAUACGGUAACCAACAAUCUCCUACAAGUCUUGACAACAUGGGCUUAACCCUUGAACCAUCAGCUUACGUAAAGUUGAGUAAUCUUUUAAAUUCAUUGAGAAUCCAAGCGUCAAUUCAUGAGAUUCACGAAUGGAAUCGAAAUGAUGACUUUGUGCGACACAGUGUCGUCUUAAAACAAUUCACUAGACAUGCGGACACGGAUGGUCCACAAAUAACAGACGAGAUUUUAAAUAAAUCACGACUUUACAUGCAAAGAGCAAACCAGAUAAUCCGUGACAAAUCUGAUGCAACAGCUGUGACCUUCAUGUAUCUCGCUCCACCACCAAGAACCUCCUCCCCUAACUUUGCCGAAGUAAGUAAUCAAUAUUUGGAGCUAUUGACCGAGUUGACUUCUGAAUUACCACCUACUGUGAUGGUACACGGAAUUAAUGCAGUCACAUCUACCACACUAUAAUGAAAUGUAAUUUUUACUAGAUGCAAUUUUUUUUAAAAUAAAAUGUCUACACGUGAAAUUUAUAUGUACACAUAAUCGUGAGCGAUAUUAAAAUAACAAUAAACAUUCUAAGAUAGACGUAUUUAAUCUCUAAUAAUCAUAAAUAGAAUUUAGUCUUACUACUAAUUGUAUGUAAAUGUAAGAAAACUGUGAAGCAAA